AUGGGUUUCAAGGGACUCCGGAGAGCAUCGCCGUGUUCGUCGCUGCAUCAACUGUACAUCGAAUCUCAGCGCGGGAAUCGCGGAGAUAGUUACACACCCACGUUACGCCGUGUCAAGAGUUUCUACAAUCCUCCCGAAGACUUUGCGCUUGUUUUCGCAAUGUCAGUUUCGACUCAUGAAGAUUCCGUGGUUGAGGUGGAAAUCGAUACGUCCAAUUUUAUUAUCACUAUUGAAGUACCAUUGCGAAUGCAUAGUCCCUAUACGCCAGUGCAAACGGGGAAGGUAUUGGAAAAGCAGGAAUUGGAGUGUCCGGAAUGCGAUCAGGAAUUCAUGGGGGAGUAUGGAGCGAGGGAUUUGGCGUGGCAUUUUAAUAACGUUCAUUGGAAGAGGAGGUUGGGAGGAAAAGUUGUUUGA